AUGACUGAACAAAGCAGUUUUAAAUUUGUACUACAAGGAACUGUUGGCAGUGGAAGUAAAGGUGAUAUUGCAGUGGAUGAUUUCAUGGUAUUGGAUGGAACAUGUACGAAAAUUUUGAAACAAACGAGUCCAGACUGCUAUUUUGAAGAGAGCAUGUGUGAUUGGCACGCUCAUAAUGGAUGGGUCCUGGAUACUCAUGUGGCGGGAAUGAAGAAGCGAGUAGGAUACGCUUCUCUUCCGGCCGGAGUAUCAGAGCUGCCAUCUUUUCUCUCAUCUCCCAUCAUCAACAAAAAUGCCUAUGAAUGGAAGUGCCUUCGUUUUUGGUAUCUAAUCGCUGACAAUAUUCGUGUUCAAGCUCAUUUUUGGCGCAAGGUGUCAUUAACUGUGAUCUUAAGCAACACAAAGACAAACAAAACUCAACUGCUUUUCCAUGCAGAAGAAGCGACCAAUGCGGUGCGUUACGUACAGCUACCGAUACCAGUCAACUCAAUUCAAAUUCAGAUUCAUUUUGUUGGUGUCAGCAAAUUCUCGCCCGGAGCAUUUUUAGCCAUUGAUGAUGUUUCUUUGACCAAAGAACCUUGCAAACUUAUUCCUUGGAGUUCUGGUAAAGAUUGUCAAAACCCUCUUGGGAUGGAGAAUGGAGCUAUCCCCGAUGAACAAAUCACUGCUUCUUCACGAUGGGAUGCCCACCACGCCCCUCCGCAGGGGAGGUUACACUUUAAACCAUCAGGCGUUAAACAAGGAUCUUGGUCAGCCGGCGUAAACGACGGCAACCAAUGGCUCCAGGUGGAUCUGGGAAGUCAGUACAUGAAGGUAACGGGCGUAGCAACACAAGGACGGAAUGCACGUCCUCAGUGGGUAACAAAAUACAAGCUGCAGUAUAGCGAGGAUGGAAUAAGCUUCCAGUAUUACAAGGAACCAGGCGAUACUGAAGAGAAGGAAUUCCAAGGAAAAACAAACAUGGACAGUGUUGUUUUCCAUGAAGUUAAUCCAUUUAUCAAAGCACGUGUAAUCCGCUUUCGACCGACAGCUUGGAAAGACCACAUCUCCAUGAGGGUGGAGGUAUAUGGCUGUAAAGAUGACAGCCCUUGUAACAUAUCACAAGACUGGUGUGGAUGGAAAAGCAUUCGUGGCUGGAAGCGACUCAUGCAAAAAGACCACCAGGACGAGGCUGUUGAUACCUACGAUGAUAAACAGGGGGAUGUUAGUGACUCUGCUGACUCAACUGGUUUUGGCUUUUUUGAUCCAGAAAACUACGAGAUUCAGCUUCCUGAUUUUGAUCCCGGCUAUGUGUCAUUCUCGGGCAUUUCACCCCUCCUGAAGGGGUUUACGCUUUGCUUUUGGAUAAAGACCUCUCACGAUGGUUUUUUCAUCGAAUAUAAAGUUCCUAGGGAGCAAGGUGAAUCUCUGCAACUGGGAUGCUACAUCGGUAACGACACCCUUGAAUUACAGCUUAAAAAUAGCAGGAGCAAAAUACCGACAGGCGUGGUAGAUGACAUGUGGCAUCACGUGUGUGUAUCGUGGAAUCAACAUAAAGGGCUGAUGCAGGUGUUCGAAGAUGGCAAGAGGAAAUAUAGCUCAUUUGGAUUUCGAUUUUUUGCGAUCGAAGGAGGAGGAACCAUGACUAUUGGUUUCCGAAAUUCCAGUGAGAAUGCAUCAAUUGCUCUGGGUUCUCUAAGUGGAUUCAAUCUUUGGGGACAUGAAAUGCCAGUCGAGGAGAUACUGCACAUGUCGUUUGGAUGUGGCAGUGAAAAAGGAAACGUGAAGACCUGGGAAACGAUAAGAAAAGGGUUGCAGAAAGAAGUGGCAGUGAAAUGGUUUCGAACGUGCAGAGAUAGGGGAGGUGGCAGACUUGUGGUAAAUACCAACGUUACUUACUUUAACCAGUCCGCUGUUCUUGUGAGUCCACUAUACAAUAGAUCACGUGACUGGCAUAGUGAGUGCCUAAAGUUUCGUUACAUGUUGCGAGGCCCUGGGAUGAAGGCUCUUACAAUUUACCAGAAGACAAAACAGUACCGCAGAAUUCCGGUCUGGAUUUCGAGAAGAAACAGUGGUGCGAACUGGCUCUAUGGACAAGUUCCUUUGAAUUCUCUUUCUGAGUUUCAGGUGUCAAUAGAAGGUAAAACAGAGACAAGGGAAGACUUGAUAGCAUUGACAGGAUUGUACAUUGACAAAGGGAACCUUUGUAAACACAAACCCUGGUCAGCUAAACAAGCCUGUAGUGAAACCUUGACCAACAAGUCGGGAUACUUCUUCUCUCCUCUAUAUCCGGGACAUUCUCUUGAUGACAUCCUCUGCAGAUGGCUCAUAAGCGUCCCACCCCGUCAUAUAAUUAAUUUGCAGUUCCAAGAGUUCCGACUCAGGGAUCACCCAACGUGUGAUAAUUGUUUUGUGGAGGUUUUCGAUGGUAGCGGAUCGACUGGACCCUCUUUAGGCAAAUUCUGUGGCUAUUUCUUUCCCUCCGAUCUCUUAUCCUCCUCUAAUCAUUUAACAAUUCUUCUGAGCUGUCAAGGAAAUUUGCCUGUAGCCAGAUUCAAGGCCUUGUAUCGCUCUGUUUCAGUCAACGAAAAUGACGGACUUUCCUGUUCACGUCAGCAAGGUUGUCCAUCAAGCUGUAAAUGCGAAUAUUUCGGUGAAGGCAAAGACAAGAAGAUUCAAGUAACUGGAAUAGACUUACUCAGUGUACCAAGAAAUCUUCCCCUCAAUACAGGAGCUGUGUUUUUCAAGAAAAAUCGGAUAUCCCAGUUACAGCAAAAGGCCUUUUCAGAUCUCGAAAAGCUGGAAUAUAUCGACAUGAGCUUCAAUAUUUUGCUUCGUCUCAGUGAAAACUGCUUUCAAAAUGUCUCAUCCGUUAAAACAAUGCGAUUGAACUCCAAUUUUUUAAGAUCUCUUCCCGAAGGUGUUUUUCGUGGAAUUCCUAAUCUACGUGUUCUUGAUUUGGGGAAAAACCUUCUACAGAGACCAAUAAGAGGAAUGUUGGAUGGACUAUCAACCAUAGAGGUUUUGGGCCUGCGUUCAAACCAGAUUGAGCGGCUGGAAUAUGGCGUUUUUGAAAACAAGAGUAAUAUGACCCAUUUAUACCUCCAGGAUAACGAACUAAAAAAACUACCAGAAGGCCUGUUUGAAGAUCUUUCAGAGCUGAAAGUACUAGACCUUAGUGGUAACAAGCUGACAACAGUCUCUAAGGGAACCUUUAAAGGACUCAAGUCACUGGAAUACUUAUAA